AUGUCGAAGGUUCCAGAGCCAGGAAGUGAGAGCGGCGCCGUCGGGGAAGCUCAGGUAAUUUUGGCGGGAAACGGAGGCGAGGAGCGCGCGGCCGAGGCAGGGAAGCAAGCCCUACCUGACGUGGUGGAUUUGUUCAGGAAGGUGAUGAGUAAGCUGGAUAAGACUGGUGAGGACAUGAACAGACUUAGUGAGGCGAUGAGGAAAAAUCAUAAAGAAGUGAAUAGUGCGUUCUGCCGAUUGAAAGACUUUGUGUGGUGUGGGCUGGAGGAAGUGCGGGAAGAAGCACGACGCCAUACUGAUGAUGCAGGCACUGCACUGAGGGAAGUGACAGAAAGGGAAAUGCAAGCUUGUCGGGAAGAAAUCAGUGCACUACAGCUGGCGUUGAAGGAGCAGAGCACUACCAUGGAUAGACUCCAGGAGAGGAAAAUGGAGCCCCCGGAAGAGGAAAGGCUGCCGAAGGACGUGUGCUCUGAUCCUGGUGAGUGGAUGGCAUGGCAGCGUGAUUUACCUGUAAUCAGUUCACCCCUCUGCACUCUCCCGCGCCAGUGUCUUCAAGCCUCCCCUCAUGACUGCCAGCGAUGGAGGAAACCAUCUGAGUUUGAUGGGAAGGUAGCCUGGGAGGCCUACCUGGCUCAGGUUGAGCUCCUGGCAGGCGCUCAAGACUGGGACGACAAUGAGAAGGCUUUGCAGCUCAUUUCCGGUCUUCGUGGGGUAGCACUGGAAGUGCUGGCUCAUUUAACUUCACAGCAGCGAACAGUUUACUCCCAUGUGGUGGGAGCGCUCCAACGGAGGUUCGGCCAUCACCAUCAGGCUGAGAUGUACCUGGCCCGCCUUAAGGCCAGGGUGCGAGCCAGGGGUGAGUCUCUUCCUCAGUUGGCUCAGGAGUUAGAGACGCUCGUCCGCCACGCCUACCCCGCCGCUGCCGAGGACAUGGUGACCGUCCUGACGCGGGAUUAUUUUGUAGAUGCGCUGCAGGAUCGGGAGCUGCAGUUAUACAUCGAGCAGGCACACCCGGAGGACGUGCAGGUAGCUCUGGCGAGGGCACUGGAGCUGGAGGCGUUCCUGCGUACUUCAAGAGUUUCGGGCCCGGCGCACCUAAGUGGGGGAGUCGCCCGUGGAACAGUCUGGUGCUACCCAGCGAGUGAGUCUGACAGGCUUCCAGUGUAUCUGCUGGAGGUGCGGCAAGAAGGAGCACCGCCGGAGUACUGCCCGAGGGGACGGCGGACGCGUUCCCUAGAAAGGAAACCAAUUUCUGCCUUCCAGCCAUGCUGUGCGAGCUGUGGGCGUUACGGCCACUCAGUUACUCAGUUGCCUGUACUGGCUCUAAAGACAUGCAGGUGGGAAACGAGGAGGGGCUGGAUGCGGGGGCCAACAGCCAGCCCACGCUCAUCGGGUCCCACACAGUGUAAUCUGUCGCCGUACAGCCGCUCCAACGGUCCAUAUAAGAGGAACCGUGGAUGGGAAGCCAUGUCGAAUGAUAAUGGAUACGUGGAUACGGGCGCUGAGAAAACCAUCAUGCGCCCCGAUGUGUUAACUGCGAGAGACUAUCAUGAGGAACCAAGACAACUCUGUGGGGUCACGGGGCACUGUACGCCACUCAGGGGACCAGUUGAGGCACGAUUCAGUGUGGGUGGCAGUGAGGAGGUACUGCCUGUGUAUGUCGCCGAGAUGGAGGACCCUUGUCUCUUGGGAAUUGACUACCUUAUGCAGGUUGGAGCGUGUAUCGACCUGAAGAAAUGGAAACUAAGGAUACGAGAAAAAGAAGUGCCCUUGUCUCUCGGCGUCGCUCCAGCAGAGGUAGUGAUGGCUGUGUGUGAGUGUAUUGCCUCGGACACAGAGCCUAAAGUGACCUUUGAGUUGUCUGGGAAGUUAGAAAAUCAUGACUGCAUGAUCGAGUCCAUAGAACCAUUGGAGCAGGCAGACGACAGUGAGGAGGUAACCUUUCAGAAAAGACUACCUGGAAAUGAGGGGGUGGUUAAUGAUAUUUCCCUUCCUGACCACCUGACUGAUCUGGCACGGAGGAGUGCCAUACAUCUUGACCAUCAGCAGCAAGAGAGGUUAGGAAGCACCCUGACGAGGUAUGCUGAUGUGUUCAGCAAGGGUGACCUCGACCUGGGCCGUACAGGACUUGUUCAGCAUCACAUUAGGACAGGAGAUGCUCUGCCUAUUAAACAUGCCCCUCGGAGAAUUGCACCAGCCCGGCUGACCAAGAAAGACGGAACCAAGCGGUUCUGUGUGGACUAUAGGUCGCUUAACAACGUGACAGCAAAGGACUCUUACCCCUUGCCGCGUAUGGAUGACACGCUGGACGCUAUGGCCGGCGCUCGUUGGUUCUCCACGCUAAACUUAAAAUCUGGCUACCACCAGGUGGAGAUGGCAAGGGAGGAUAAAGCUAAGACAGCCUUCUCUUUUGGCCAGGGGCUGUGCCAGUUCACUGUUAUGCCCUUCGGCUUGUGCAACGCCCCUAGUUGCUUCGAACGGCUGAUGGAAAGAGUCUUGGAGGGUCUGCAGUGCAGGACGGCCCUUGUCUACCUCGACGACAUUAUUGUCUUUGGAGGAUCAUUUGAUGAGGAGCUAGAGCGACUGGAGGUGGUGCUUCGCCGGCUGAGGGCUGCCAACUUUAAGCUCAGUCCUAAAAAGUGCCUGUUCUUCCAGUCCGAGGUUCCAUUCCUGGGGAACAUCGUUGGUAGAGACGGGGUAAAGACCGACCCCCAGAAGGUAGCUGCAGUACAGGACUGGCCUGUCCCCACUUGUGUAGCUGACGUGAAGAGUUUCGUGGCUUUUGAUAGCCUGAAGCAAGCCUUAGUUGAGGCCCCUGUACUGCCUUACCCUGAUCCAGCUAGAUCCUACCUGUUGGAUACUAAUGCUAGUGCUGAAGUGAAAAGCACCGAGCAUUUCCAUCCUUACCUGUAUGGUGCUAAAUUCCUUAUCCGCACGGACCAUGCUGCCCUGCAAUGGUUAAAGACUCUCAAGGCACCUGAAGGACAGCUGGCGCGGUGGUUGGGUCGCCUAGAGCAGUACCACUAUGAGGUUCAGCAUCGGCCCGGUCGCGUCCACAAUAAUGCUGACAGCCUGAGCCGCCGCCCUUGUGAACCAGAGUGUCAACACUGCUUGAGGAGGGAAGAGCGGGUCGCAUGCCGGCAGCUCCAAGUCUGGGGAGACUCUGUAGACGCCGAGGAAAGAUGGCGUCAGGUACAGAGGGAGGAUGAUGACCUAACUCCCCUGAUCAAGUGGAUGGAGGCAUCCCCAGAGCGUUCUGGUUGGCCACAAGUAACAGCAGAGAGCCCUGUCACCAAGCACUUGUGGCAGCAGUGGGCCAUGUUGCGACUGGAGAAUGGAGUAUUACAGCGGCGCUGGGAUGAUGCUCGUGGACGGCCAAGUUACUGGGUGGUGCUGGUACCUCAUACCCUGAGGAGAGACCUGUUGCAUGAGUUGCAUGGUGGGAUCACCAGCGGCCACCUGGGUGUGAAAAGAACUCUGACUAGAUUAAGGCAACGCUUCUAUUGGGUAGGAAUGAGGCGAGACGUUCAGGAGUGGUGUCGCACCUGUGAAGUGUGUUGUGCCAGAAAUGGGCCUGUGAAGAAGAACCGUGCACCCUUCCAGCUGUACCAGGUCGGCGCACCCCUGGAGAGGGUGGCUGUGGACAUCGUCAGGCCGUUCCCUGUCACUACACGGGGAAACAGAUUUAUUUGUGUGGUAAUGGACUACUUUACUAAGUGGCCUGAAGCAUAUGCACUCCCUGAUCACGAGGCAGAGACAGUGGCAGAAGCUUUGGUGAAUAACUUCAUUACACACUUCGGAGUGCCUUGCGAACUACACUCUGACCAGGGGCGGGAGUUUGAGUCCGUGGUAUUCCAAGAGUGCUGUCGACUGCUGGGGAUCAAGAAGACCCGCACCACCGCCUUGAGGCCUCAGUCUGACGGCUUGGUGGAGCGAUUCAACAGGACGUUGAUCCAUGAAGUGGCCAAGUAA